UGAAUUACCCUGUGAUUAGUAAUUAAUUGCAAUAAAUUUUUAGGUUAGGGAAUACUGUUAAAACAUGAAAUACACAUUAUAGUAUUUCGAAGUUAUCAAAAAUUUAUUAACUACAUUAACAUUUACUAACUACGCAUUCGUUGUUUUUAUACAUUUAACUUCUUCAUGUUAGAUAUAAAAUUGUGAGUGAAAUUUAUUGUAUAGAAGACUCAGAUUUUCAAAAGUCGCAGCAGGAAUCUGGCAAGAAGAAAGAAUACACUACCAAAAAAAGGCAUUCGAGGAAAAUGAAAAGAUAACUGAAAAAAGGUGACAGACGAUUACCAUUAUGAGAAAUUUUAAAAAGCAAUUCAGACAAUUUUGAAUUAGACUUGUAUCAUUAUGUUUUAUUAUAUUCUUUGAAUUUAUAUAAGUAAACGUUGAUGAUUUCUUACAAAAAGGAAUCAAAGAAUAAUACAAUAUUGCUAUAAUUUUAUUUCUAUUCGCAUAUAUCAUCCAUCGAAAGGCAUCGAUUGGAAUACACAUUAAAUAUGUGCAUUCCAGUAAGCUCUGCAUCUUUUAACAAUAGCUAUAACAAUUAACACAUGCCAUGUGGUUAAUUAUAGUUUGCUCAAAAUGCUACAUCACACUUGGUUAUCUGCAGGGUAACAAUACUUAAAGUGAACAUUUUCUAAAUGUCAAAUGGAAAACAAAGAAUUUGAUUUUUGAAAUAUUUGAAGAAUUGGAUUUGCUGUUAACAUUAGGAAGAGACUUCGUGGGAGUAGUUGCAUAAAAAAAAUGGGUGUAGGAAAAACAGACGCAAGCUAAGCAAGAAAAUUUGAGGAGUGAUUUUGGUUGAGCAGUAGGAAACUAUAGGAAUGUCAGGCGAAUUAUGUUGUUAACAAUAACUUAUAUAGUAAGACAUCUUACAUAAUAUGUAUAACAUGCAUAAUAUGCAUCUCUCAUAAUUUGCACUUUUAUUUAUUAUUUAACUUCAUUCUGUCGAUUAAUCAAUUCGUUUUUUUUCGUUCUUUUUUUUUAGGUGGCUAUAGGAGAGUCAACGUAGCCACGUCUCGCGGUAUCGGCCAAUGAGUUUGCCGUCUGAUCUAAGAUGUGUUCUGUUUCACGUAUGAUGCGCAUAAGACAUUAUUUAUCCUCGUUUGACAAAUAACAAGGAUGAACGAUGCACCAUGCGCAUCAUGCGCGAAACGGAAAUGCAUCCGUAAAAUCAACACUUUACGGAUGCGAAUAUAAUAUAACUACUGUAUACACAAAGCUACUUAGUGCAAAAAAAAUCUUAAUCGAAAAAAUAUGCAUUGAUAAUAUCUCACACAAAUAUUAUUAUUUUAUUUAAGAAUAUAUAUAUUGUAUUUUUUAUCGCUUAUAAAAUGCUUACGCAUUAUUAGAUAGUUUAUGUAUACAGCAGUAUUUAAGAUGCAUCAGGCAUAUCAGCUGGCGAAGCAGCGCAGCCAAUCAAACUCGCCGAGGCGAAUAACCUCAAUGUAAUCCGCGGUGGUAUGUUGUGGUAUGUAUACCAGUGCAUACAUUCUCCGCGUUUUGAGAGGGAGUUGUAAAUAGAUUAUUCCCGAGACGCGAGAACAAUGCUGGCACGUCGAUUUCUGUGCAGACGGCAACUGUGGUACACUUCGUGCGUGUGUAUACCCGUCCGGCACUCGCAAAGCCAACGGGUCAGUCAUGCUUUGGACACGAUUAACCUCGAAACGCGACUGCCGGCACCUAUCAAGCGGCAGCCGCAACGGAAGCCGUUCGUCAAAAAUCUCUUCCUUUCCACGUUCGAUUACGAGUUCCUGUAUUAUCCCGAGCCGCAGACCAAGGACAGGCAUUCACGUUUCUUCGAAUGGUUCCGGCCGAUCGAGAAGUACAUGUCGGAGUGUCUAGAUGACAUGGAAAAUGUCCGGAAGGAGGACAUCCUGGCUCACCUGAGAGAACUGGGCGUCUUUCGGGCGUGUGUGGACGCGCAGCAUCUCGGCCUGAGCCUAAAUCACACGGAGACAGCCAGGCUGGUGGAGGUGCUCAGCUGCUUUCCAUGGCUCGGAUGCUACAUCGUCAAAAAUCACAUUAUACCCGUCCGUAUCAUCUCCGCGCUGGCCACAGACAAGCAGAAGGCCAAGUAUCUGCCGCGGAUAGCGACCGGCGAGCUCGUACCCACGGUGUGCUACACUGAACCCCAGAGCGGAAUAAACACACUUAACAUCAACAGCGUGGCCAUGGAGUCGGACUGUGGCACGCAUUGGAUACUGAACGGUGAGAAGACAUUCGUGGUCAACGGCCACGACGCCAAUCUGUUCCUCGUCUUCUCUCACUGCGGGCAUCCCAGUGCGAUCAGUAGAGAGCAUGGUCCGCUGUCUGUGUUCUUGGUGGAGCGAGAUUUUGGCGGUGUCACGAGCAAGGACGUUAAGGAUCUGAUCGGCCUUCAAGACAGUCCUGUCUGUACAGUUACCUUUCAGAAUACCAAAGUUCCGAGGGAAAACCUUCUGGGCGACGUAAAAGCGGGAACAGGCGUGCUGGUAGACAUGCUCGCUCCAGGAAACGGAAAUCUCGCUUCACAGGCGGUUGGUACGUUGAAGGUUUUCACAAGAAUAUUGACGAGGCACGUGUUGCAACGGAAACACCUAGACAAAAAUAUGCACGAGUACGAGGGUGUUCGCGAGGUGAUAGGUAAGAUGGCGAGCACUCUCUAUGGCAUGGAGAGCAUGCUGUAUCACACUACCGGCAUAAUGGAUAUAUUUGAGAAUCAGGACUGCACACUGGAGAAGGCGAUGGUGGAGGUGUACUGCGCCAGCGAGUGCGUCAAACGUAUCUACGAAGGACUGCAGUUGAUCGGAGCUCAGAGUUACCUGAGGGACAAUCCCUACAUACGAAUCUUCGAGGACGCGUUGUCGCACACUCUGUUCGACAGUUGCAGCCUCGACUCAAACACAUACAUUGCUCUGCUCGGUCUGCAACAUAUGGGCAAAAAUCUACACGACCACAUAUUCAAGCUGCGAAAUCCCUUCAAUUUUCCAGAGCACAUAUUCAAGUGGGCCUUUGGCAAAGACUACCGGGAGCGCUUUCAAACCGCCAAUCAUUUGCAUCCGUCUCUAGCGUCAGGUAGCAAACAACUGGAGAAAUGCGUCACCAGGUUACAUGCCAGCUCGUUGUUACUGCUGCAACGCCAUGGCAUAAGGAUAUCCGAACAGCAGAUGGAAUUACGUCGACUUGGCGAAAUCGCGACGAGAACGUACGCGCUGCUCGCCGUCCUCUCACGCGCUUCACGGGCGUAUUGCAUCGGCUUGAGAAAUCACGAGUACGAUCGGAAUCUGGCCGAUAGUUUCGCGAUUCUCUCCAUAGACAGGGUGCAUCUACUCGCCGAGGAGAUCGCAUCGGGCGAGUGGAAUAACGGCGACAAGUUCAACAGAAAUGUCGCCGAACUUAUGUACAGCAAGAAGGAUUAUUUCGCCGAGCAUCCGCUAGAUAGAACCUACUGAAAAUUCAGCGGAUUACUUCGUACGCGUAUACUUUACGUGCAUGUAUAGUAGAAAGUAUGACAAAAUGCACAUUUGCUUAAUGUGUGAUGUAUUUAAAUUGCAUAAACAACUUUAAGGUAUAGCAAUAUUACACACAUAAUUCGAAUCUAUAAUUCGAAUUAUAUUUGUAUUGAUAUCUCUGUAAAUUAUUUCUACUAUCCAAAAUUACUGUUUUUUAAUGUUACAAUUAAGAUAGUUACUGUAAAUAUACUGUGAAAAUGUUUAUUAUUGAACUCACUUUGAAAACAAGAAAUACACAUUGUUUUCCAUUUCGAGAUUUCUGUAUUUAUACGUCAGUAGCAAUUGUACAGUUGUAUCUUACACUGUACUUAUGUACUAAUAUCGAGAUGGAAAGUAAAAUAAAUGCUCUUAAUCA